AUGGACGAGAUCAAAUCCAUCCAAAACGCAAAGGGUGUGAAGAGCCUUGACAAACUCAACGUUGAUGAGCGUGAUCUGUUAGCUGUUGCUUUAGGAGCACCUGCUCGCCAGGUCAUCCUACGAGCUGAAGAAGUUGGCCAAAGCACUGGCUGGCGGGAUGGCUACCUUAGUGAUGAGUAUGGUUUCCAGCCUCCUGACACAAGUGAAGCACCGGGUGCGCUGCGGAACUCACCAGGAAGGGUGUGGAUGGACCUUUGCGAACGCAUGCCGGGCUGCAUUGCUCGCGGCCGCGUGCGAGAGUCAGUGGCUGCACUGCCAAUCGUUGAGGGCAGUGCCAACAUCAUUCCCGACAAGGCCCUUUGGGCAGCACUCGUUGCGCUAGGGAUGCUCUGCUCGAUAUAUCGGUACGAGGAGAGGCAUGAUGGCAACGAAGGGAUCAAUGUUUCCACGAAGCCUCUCAGACUAGACGGAGUGCCGAUGAGCGAUGAUCUCGGUGACGAAGUCAAAGGAAUCCCACGCAGCAUCGGACUACCUUACGUUCAGAUUUGCAUACGUAUGGGCCGAUCGAUCCCUCAUCUCACGUUCUUUGAUCAAUCAUCUUACAACGUGGAUUACAUUGAUCCAUUGUCGGACUAUCCUUACGUUGGUCGAUUUGACAACACUGUAGGCACCCUUUCAGAUUUGCAAAACCCAGCUAAUGUUAUUCAGAGACUGCGAUGGGCUAUGUUCGGAGAUGGUGCCGAGCGGGCCUUCCUGAAGGGUUGCGCUGACACUUCCGCAAGCUUUCAGCAUGGACCUGACGCUAUUGCGGCCUGCCAGGAGCAUGUAAUGAACAGGAACAAUGAAGGCCUUCUGCGGGAGCUCAUACGUCUCAAAGAGAUCCUCGAGCGUAUGCCCCAAGCAUUCCAUACAAUCUCGUUAGCCGGAUCAGGAGAGAACUACGUCUCGCCUGCAGAAUGGGUGCGAUGGGCCAAGUUCUCUGCGCCUUUGUCAAAGAGAUGCCCUGCUACUUCUGGUUUACAGUUCCCUCCGUAUCUCGUUAUGGAUGCAUUCCUCGGGCGGAAGAAGUACGAUUCGUUCCUAGGUGCCGAAGGAGUCCACCUGCGGGCCUGGCUUCCUUCAAACCUCCGCGCAUUCAUCGCCGCGAUAGAGUAUCAUUACAGCAUCCCAGAUUACGUGAAAGCGUCCGGAGACCCUAGACUCAUGGGCGUCUUUGACGGUGUCGUCGAAGCCUAUACCGGCGAGCGAGGCUUCAUGGGUCUUCUCGAAUGUGCUGGCAAGACUGGUCGCACUGAGACCAAUGGCGCCUCAGGGGCUACGAACGACAUGCGACCAUGGGAACAGACGCAUCAUGAGUUCUCAGCGUCUAUGAAAGAGCGCCUGGAGCCGUUCCGGGGACAACGCGAUCUUGAACCGCAUGAAAUCCGUGGCACGUUCGAAGAAUGUCGUUACCGCGGACGCAUCCUGAGCCGAAACUUCGUUGAUUCGGACCCAACCCGAACUAUUGCUAUGGUUACUCUCGAUAUCCAAGAGGCUGGUAUCACAUUUCAGCCGGGUGAUAGGUUGGCAGUCAUGCCAAUGAACUCAUGGACGGAGUGCGCAAAAGUCGCUGCGGCUCUUGGUCUCGAUUCCACGCUCGAAGAUACCGUCACACUCGAUCGCGUCUGGUCGCGAUAUGCUGACCACAUAGCCAGCAUAACCCGGUCGGGAAGGCCUCGACUUACGGUCAUCGAUUUGCUGCGCAAGGGCCAUUUGGCGCCGAUUACGCAGGAACUCGCGACUAAGCUACACACAAUGCUGAGGGCGUCCUCAAAUACCGUCCUACAGGUUCUCGCAACCAAUGAAUGGCCAGUGCGUGCCUCUCUAGGAGACCUGCUCCAGGCUGCAGUUCAAGAUACACCAGCUCGCAUCUGGGAUCAAGCGUUCGAUCUGUCUGGCAAUCUUUCAUGGUUAGCCGACUUGAUACCCGUUGAAGUGCCAAGGACAUACAGUAUCUCCACACACGCUGACGAGCUCCUACCAAGCACUGUCGACCUGACUAUCUCACGAUCGAACUACGAACUGUGCUCAACCUUCGCCGGCAAUGCUAAGAUUAUGCGACACGGAGUCAGCAGUGGCUUUCUCAACCCGCCCGUGGGAGACGAGCUAGAUGUCCUCGACGACGAGGAGCUAUUGUUGGGCGUCUCUCGGCCUUUCGCGUUCCAGCUUCCAUUCGACGAUACUUCGCCAGUCGCACUCUUCGCUGGUGGUAGCGGCAUUGCACCGUUCCGGAGUUUCUGGCAAGCACGCUGCGGCCGAACCUGGGGUAAGACUGCACUCUAUCUUGGAGUGCAGUCGCGAGAGAAGUUCUGCUAUGAGUCGGAACUUCGCCAAUACGUCAAUGAAGGUUUGAUGGAAGUUCACACUGCCUUCUCUCGUGAUUCCAGAGGUCUGCUCUACGACCCUGUUACUCAAGACCUCGUUGAAAAGGAGAUACCGCCACGCUAUAUCGACGGUCUCAUCGUAGAGCAAGGACAAUCCAUUUGUGAUCUGGUCAUGAGUAAGAAGCAGGGAGGCAUCGGAGGAUAUAUCUAUGUCUGCGGUUCGGUAGGCGUCUUCGACUCCGUCAUGUCGGGCAUUCGCAAAGCCCUUUACAACCAUCGCUCGCCCACGAUGGAGACCGUCGAAUCCAUUCUCACGACUGCCUUCGCCGAACGACGGUUCAUGCUUGACGUGUUCAUGACUCCCAAACCUUUACCGUGUAAUCAGCCAACCAUACCGCUCUCGCAGCUUGCACUUCAUACUGGGCAUAAACCCGACUCUCGAGUUUGGAUUAGUGUGCACGGCAAGGUCUAUGAUGUGACGGACUUCUGUUCUAUGCAUCCAGGAGGUACGAACAUCAUCAAAUCCAAUGGUGGUGUCGACUGCUCCAAAUCUUUUGAUCUUCUCGCACAUACGAACAAUCCCGAAGUGUCUUCGCUUCUUACCAAGUACUACAUCGGAGAGUUGACUCCCAAACCGGCUUAUCACUCCGAAGAAGUUGGCAUGCUGUACGAUCUGUGGAACAGCUUCCUCCGUGUUGCUACCGAGCAGGUCGUAGCUUCCCACUUCGAAGUCGGCAUGAUCAUGGAAUCUUCCAUUGUCUGGUUCCAGGGCGAACUUUUCAACAUGGGUGGUGUUCGUCGAUUCUACCACUAUCAGUCCCGGUUGCUCCAAGGUGCCUUUUCGGCUCUGUUCGGACCUAAACUACAAGAGAUGUAUCUCAAGAUCUCGUUCGCCUUCGCAAACGCCGCUUCGUCAGCAACUCCUUCGAAGCUUCCCGACGUCCUCGGCAUUAUUGCUCGUGCUAAAGGAUCUAGCGAUGCCGUCAAAGCGUCGAAUGAGAUCUCCCAGAUCGGACAGUUUACCUGCAACAGUGAAUCUGCUCGGCAUCAUGAGAAGGGAAUCAUUGCCUAUGCGCAACGCUCUGUGCAGUACGAUAUGGAAUUCCUGGAAGCUAUCCGUGAUGAAGCAUGUACUGGCAUGGAUGCUUUUGGUACAAUCAUGGAGCUUGACGCUGCCUCGGACAGCCAACGCAUCGCGGCGCUUUCUGCAUUCCUUAUGCAGGUGCUAGAACGUAUGGCUAAGCGCCUUGAAGGGUUCUACACCAAGCUGGCCCGGCACUCAGUGUUCCAGCCUGAACUCGAGAGAAACCCCGCUCGCGCUCGUUGGAACAUUCUCAAGAGGAAGGUUCGCGACGGCUCUUUCUUUGUCUUGUCCCGAAACGUCACUAUCAGCGCUGCACCAAAUUAUGAGCCUGCUGUCGGUGAACGUGUAGAUUUUGACCAAGUCGUCUCCCAAAUUGAGAUGAGCCUUGAGCAUGCUGAUUUGCGAUCGCAUCGCAACCUUGACCUGAACGAACAGCAUGCAGCGAGGGCCAUGAACACAAGCGACGGCGCUCCCGCAUAUGAGCAGCACAAUCAGACCAACGCAUUGAAGGCCAUGUCAAGUUUCAUCAAUGACAACAAACGCGCAAUCCGUCGGCUGAGCAAACUCCCUCAGGCGAUCAACCUGGAGCAAUUGAUGCAAACUUACGGGUCUAUGCCACCGAUUCCCAAUGGCCUUCCCACGCCACCUUCUAGUCGCUCCGCAAGCCGCUCGCCGUCGAUCACAGGCGGGCGCGGAAACCUUGCAAGGCGUAAUACAGUUACAGACAAUCAAUCCAUGCCGGGUGCAGCACUCCAGCGCCGUCACACCGCUGCCUCCGAAGACAAUGCCACCACUCCCACGCACAUAUCGCCAGCGGCCACAAUGUCGGCCUUAAUGAACAAAAUGAAUUCACGCCCUAAGCUAGGUCAAACUGGACUUGUCUCACCGCCUCACAGUGCUAUUGGGUCGGCGCAAUUCACGGAUCGCGCUCGCUCUCUACAACGCCUGCCCAUCCGAGAAGAGCAAAACGCGAGAGGCUUCGCCAAUGGAAACUGCGCACAUGCGCUCAAGAAGCAACACCGGGAGCCUGAGAGCGUUCAGGCUACAGGCUAG